GAGGGAAUUAUGGCGGCAGCUGACAAGCCGCUGUCGCCUUUGGCCGUCGCGCAAAUUGCUGUAUCCACGAGAGAACCGCCAGAAAGAGUGCUAUCGUGCGCCGUCGAUCUUCUUCAAUUCCUCGCGGAAGAGGAGAGACAGCGCCACGUGGCACGUUCCGUUCAGCAGCCGCAGCAGGGUGCGCAGGGCGAAAAUGGAAAACACCCACCUUCUGGUGACACAACCAGUAGGGAACCCUCCCAGGCGGAAGCCACAGCAGGCAAGCGGAAAAAGAAGAGUAAGAAGAUUGCUGGUAGCACGGUUUGUACGGACGGAGAAAAUGCUCCCGUUGCGGAAUCUACAGAAGAGCAACGGUUUUGUCCCCCCGCGGGUUCCGCGGGCAUGUGGGGGGAGUGGGGCCCACAGGCGCGCCUGCACGCACUGCGCGCCGUUUUCGAGUUUGCGCAGCUGUCCCUCCUCAGGUCCAUCCGCGCCGGAUCUGCUGGCUCCAAACGAGCCAGGCCUGGCUCGGGAACGGCAGGCUCGGCCGAACCUCCAGGCUUGGCAGAGAAGCUCGGUGGGGAGAAGUCGGGGAAGAGGCGGAAGAUAAGGAUGAAGCAGGGAGAAGGGGAAGGGGAAGGGGUAGAGGUAGGGGAAGGGGGAAUCGGGAACAAAGAAGAUUCUCCCCCUGCACACAUGGACGCACGCUAUUGGUUCGUUCUUUCCGCGUCUCUCUCCCUGCUGCAGCACCACCCGGGAUGGCUAGCCGUCUCCUCCAACCUCUUCCAGCCAAUCACAGCGCUGCUCACCGCUUUAGCUCAAGACAACCAAGCGAACACCCUUCACUUAAGGUCUCACGAAGCAGCAGCAGCAGAAGCAGCAGCAGCAGCAGCAACACCAGCAGCACCAGCAGCAGCAGCAGGGGUGCCGUCUAUAGGGAGGAGCCUCCACGCCCUGCUCACUGUUCUGUUGAUGCCGAGCCUGGCAGGCAGGCUCGGCGCCUCCGAGCUGAAAGGCUUGGGAGCUUCAGGCGUGGGCGUCAGAACCUCUAAUCCGGUGGAGUUUCAUCCGAGCCUGGAGCACUGGGUCGGUCUGGCCCGUGCCUCCUUGCAGCUUCUGCAGAGCACGUGCAGGCUUCGAGACAGCAACAUUACAGGAGAAAGAGCAUCAACACCACCGUCAGCAGCAGCAGCAGCAGCAGCAGCAGCAGCAGCAUCCACAGCAGCAGCAGCAGCAGCAUCCACAGCAGCAGCAGCAGAGUGGGGGAGGGUAUGCGGCCUAUCCAUGCAGGGCUUUGGUGUGUUGGCAUCGGCCCAUCCGCAGGGCAAGAAGGUGUUCCUCGCCGUGCUCUCCCGCCUGCUGCCGCCCAUGCUGGCGCUCAGAACACACCUGGUGCAGGUGCAGGGGGGGGUGGGGGAAGGGGGGGAAUCGGCGCAAGAGCAGGGGCGACUGGGGGAGGCAGGUGGAGAGCUUCGGCAGGAGGCGGUGGGUGUCGUCUUAUCUGCGAUGUAUGUGAUUGUAAAGGAGUCGUUGUUUGGGCGCGUGCAUGCCGAGGGGUAUGUGUCACAGUGUGCUGGUAUGGCAGCACGUGUGGCUGGUGGUAAGGCGGCUUCCAACAGGGGUAUGACUAAAGCGAAGCCUGAAAAGCUGCUUGAGGGGGAUGGGGACGUGGGAGGGUUAGGGGAGGAAGGCAGGCUCGGCAGCUACCACCGGCAGUUCCUGGCGUUUCUCGAGGCUGGGAUCAGGUCGGGGAACGUGCCGAUCCUGCACAGCCUCGGAUGGUUGUUUGGCAUUUACUCCCGGAGUGUGGUGGAGAUUGCGAGAGAGAGAUCACGGUUUCAUCUGUUUGCGCACCUGCUGGGGCCAUUGGAGGGCGAGCUACAGUCGCAGCUUGAGGCGCUCACGCACAGGGGCGUGGGAGGGGGUUUGGGAGCGGGCGUGGCGGGAGGUGUGCAAGGGCAGAAGCAGCAGCAGGGCUGGCAAGGAAAGGAAAGGCAGGGAAGAGCUAGAGAGGGUGUGCAGAUGCCAGCACCCAGCGGUGCUGUGGAGCCUGCCAGCCUGGCAGCCGUGCUACAUGGCGCAAGGGCACUGGUGGACGCUGGGAUAGAGGAGGGGAUCUAUGACGGGCUGUCAGACGUGAGUGACUGGGGUGGUGGUGGGGGGGGUGGUGGGGGGGGUGGGGGUGGUGGUGGGGGUGGGAGGAGGAGGGGAGGGAGGGAGGAAGGGAGGACUGGGGCAGCAGCAGGGGGCACGAGAUUGGGGCGAUUGCUGCACUUGGCGGGACUGGCAGGGGAUGUUGGCAGCGCGUGGCGCAUGUGGGAGGAGGAACGGAAGCAGGCGAGUGGAGGCGUAUGCGGCAGUCAUGGGGGUGCUGGCAAAGGCAGUGGCAGGAAGGGGGGUGCUGCUGCUACUGGUGGUGGUGCUGCUGCUGCUGGUGCGUCUGGUGGUGGUGACGGGGGUCAGGAGGCAGCAGGAGCACAGGUUUGGGCCGAGCUUCUCCAGCUGCUUUGGGGGUUGGUUCGGUUGGAGCCCAGGGUGGUCGUGCUCAUAGAUGGCCUGCAUGACGCCACGUGGCAGCUUGUGAUAGGCGCCUGCACUGCGUGUGAGCAGGCACGGGAACGAGAAUUCAUCACAUGUGGACGGCAGCCCUUGUCCCAGCAGCAGGUGGCAAAGCAGGGGCCGGCAGCAUGGGCGGCAGUGUGGGCGGCAGCAGUCAAGAUUGCAAGCCAGCUUGUGGUGACGUGGAAAGAUAUGAGACAGCUAGUGGUUGUGAUGAGAGCCCUUCUCUCCGCCGCCCUCGCCUCCAGACAAGCUGUCAACUCACCACUUUUUGAAGCUAGUGCCCCAUCCCCCUCCUCGCCAUCAUCACCAUCAGCACCAUCAGCACCAUCAGCACCAUCAGCACCAUCAGCACCAUCAUCACCAUCAGCAGCAGCAUCGCCAGCAGCAGUGGCAGCAGCAGCGGCGCUCCUCUCCUCGCCGGACCUCCUCUCCGUGGUCCGGGAGGCUGCUGGUUCGGUCCCUCCAGGCCAGGUGCCGAGCCUGCUGCUCAGCUUCGGCGAGGAACAAGUCAGGCUGAUGGUUGGCGGGGAGGGUGACGCGGAGAAAGGGAAGCAAGAUGAGGAGGGGGGGGGAGGGAGGGGAGGAGACGAGGGGGGGAGAAAGAAGGGGGGGAAGACUAAGAAGGGGCGGGUUGGCCAGGUGGAUAAUCAGGUGGUUCCUCAGGUGAAAACCCAGAUGCAGCAGGCACAGGACAGGCUCACUUGGGCGGCUGCCAGCUUUGUGGCUACAGUGCUCCGCAGCCUGCCAAUUGCUGUGGGGACAGCCAUCCAGGUGGAUGGCAACGUUUGUCUUCUAGUGCAGGCCCUUGGGCGAUCUGCGGUUGGCAAGUGGUUGGCUGCUGUUGUGCCAAGCAUGCAAGGGGAGGGGAAUAAUGGUAUUGCUGAUCUUGCUCUUUCUCUUCUUCGGCGCGCGACUGCAAGCAUUGGGGCAGGUUUCGAAAUGUUUUUGGCUGCCCAUGAGCUGCACCUGCGGUGUCUGUACAACGCACCUCCCUCAGAAGAGUCCAAAAUGGGCCACCGCUUCAGCCUCUCCUUCCCGCUCCCCCUCGACCCUGCUGUCAGCACCUCAGGCUCUGCAGGAACUGGCUCGGCAGAUUUAGGUUCGGCAGGAACAGGUUUGGCAGGGGAAGCGACCGGGGGGUCUGCUUCUGAGCAGCCUGCUUCCAGGUGGCGGUUUGUGAUUGGCUGGCUGAAUGAAGUUAUGAAUGGGCUCGCAGUGAAGAAGCAGCAGGAGGAGGAAGAGGAGGAAAGCAGUGAGUUGCUUCGGCUGCGCUUCCUUGCUCUCUGUGCCGCCACCACCGCUCUCUCCUCCCUCUCCCCGGUGCUCCCACUGGGGGCAGGCGGUGCAGGCAAGGGGGGAGACCUGGGGGGAGAGGGGGAGGCAGCGGAGGGGGGGGGAGCGGGAGGGCAGGCGAAGCAGGUGGGUGGUCAUGGGGGCAGGAGCACGGGGGGGAAGGGCAGCAGGCGCAGACAGAAAGCAGGGGCAGCACGGAAUGGAGGGACAGGAGAGCAGGGAGGGGUAUACGAGCAGGGAGUGCCACUGGGACGGCACAGCAGGCAGCAUUGCCAGCCGUGGGUCCCUCAAUGCGGCGUACCUCUCCCUCGCUGCGUCGUCCGCUCUCCCCCUCUGGCUGCCCGCAGCCCCCCGCCCUGUGGUCCGCGAGUUCGUGCUCCUGCUGGUCGCCCUGGCUGCCAAAGAGCUCAAUACCCUUCCUGCCUGGGAGGUUGCUGAGAGUGGGGUGGGGAGUGGAGCAAGGGCGAGAGGGAGUGUGUGGAGUGAGGGUGGAGGUGAGAGAGAGGAGGGAAGGGAGGAUGGAGGAGGAGCAGGAGUGGUAUUGGGUGGUAUGGCUGUCGCGGCUCUGCGAAGCCCUGUGUUCUA